GAAACUGUCAAGGAAUAAAGGUUAACCACAUCUCCAACUGAUUCAACAAUAAAGUUAUUGUUUCAUGGCCCUACGUCCAUUUUCUUCACAACAGGAUCUUUUUUAGAACUCCACAUAAUUUCAUCGCAUUCUACACCUUUCGCGUCAACAAACCAACCUUCGCCGUUAAAUCUAGGUGAAGAAGACAUAGGCGUAAUUAUCUUGAAUGAACUGAUGAUUAAAAGCAACGAUCAUAAUUGCAGGCGAUAUUUGUAGCUGCGAACAGAGAAAUGGAGAGCGCUCAGGCCAAAAUCCAAAGUCAAAAUGGCUUUCUCGAUUCUGAUGAUGAUGAAGAGGAUGGCAUGUUUGAUUUCCAAAGUGAGCAUGAUAAGAAAAUUGGAGCACAGAUAUUGAUGCUUUUGACUUGGAUGUCUUUGGGCCUCAUCUAUGCCUUGCCAGGUCCAAAUCUUUUGGCUAUAGCAUGCAAAGUAAAUUCAACUUUGGAACAUAUUGGACUUCUGUUUAUCAGUAGAGGAGUUGGCACCUUAUGUGGAAAACUGGUGUCUGGCUUUAUGAUACAUCACAAUAAAGGAUACGGAAUAAUGUCUAUAGCUUUGGUAAUACUACCAGUGAUGACAGCAGUGUUCCCUUUAAUAAAAAGCCUUGGUGGAGCUGCAUGUGUGAUGAUAGUAAUAGGAGUUGCAUAUGGAUUGGCUGCAGAAGGCUACAAUAUAAUGGAUUAUUCAAAUGGAUUAAAGAAACCUGGAGGUUUUAACAAAGCUACAUUUGCACUUUCACUUGGAGCUGCAGUUGCACCACUGAUAUCGUCACCAUUCUUAGGGGAGCUAAAAAACAUAAAUAGCCUGAACAAAACAAGGAGCUUGGCUAUAAGCAAUGACAAAGAAGGUCUAAUAGUUUUCCCUGGGUUUGUCUGCUUAGAGAAAAGUGACUUUGGAAAGUCCUUUUGGAUUAGUACAAUCCCUUGCUGUUUGCUUAUUUUUCAGAUUUGUUAUGUAAUUUGCUCAAGUUCUAAUAGAGAAAUUGGAAGCCUCUCCGAAAAUUCAAGAGGAAGCCGAACCAUUAGCUGGAAGGUUUAUGGUCUACGAUUCAUAUUGUUUCUAGUCCUACUUUUGUAUGGAGGGAUUUACAGAAUUGCUGAACUGGUGGUUUUCUCAUACAUCACUCUUGGGCCAUUUGAUAUAAACACAACAAAAGCUUGUCUUCUUGUCAUGAUGCUCUGGGUGGCAUUUGCUUUUGGACAUAUUCUUCAACAUAUAGUGCUAAUCAAAAUUGAGAGAGUAGAGAGACGUCUUGGCAUCGCAUUUUUAAAGUCAUGUGUCUGCCUCAUUAUGUCCAUACUUUUAAUGAAAAUUGACAAUACAAAUGGUUUGACGCUGAGUUUGUUUGUUUACAUGUUUUUUGCAUCUGAACUAAGUCCUCUGGUGCACGAUGCUGUUUCAAGUUACGCAAUGACAUCAGAGGCAAUGGUGAAAAAGUUGAAUUUACUUGCAGAUGCAUUUGCAGAGAUGCUUUUUCCAAUUGCAUCUCUGGCCUUGAUGUACCACAAAGGUUGGCAUGCACUCUCCUUCACAAUCAUGGUUAUAAGUGUCCUGCAAUUUCUGCUUUGUUCUUUUUUGGCACUUUACCCAUUCAGUGAGAAUCGAGAAAUUUCUUCACUUCAGUAUGAAAAUCUGGCAGGCUCAAUAGAGGAUGGGAAUGGAAAGAAAAUCAGAAAAGAAAUUCGAAAGUUACUUGGUGGUUAUACUGAUCAGGAAGUCAGUUAUGUCACAAGUGAUGAAGAAGUAGUCUUUGACUUGAGAGGACGAUCAAAAGUGAAAUGAACCAAGUACCAUAAAAUUCAGAAUAAAGAUUGGUUUAAAAUUUAACACUUAAGGUGAAAUAAUAAAACACACUGCUGAACAGACAAGUGAUUACAAUAAUCAAGGGGUUGGAAAAUAUUUGAAAAUAUGGUGGAAUUAUGUAGAACUGAAGGGAUAGAAAACAUUUUGAAAACAAACAUCAAAAUAUUUGAUUACUCCGGGGGCUCAAAAUAACUAGGAAUUUUACAAAAAACGAUUGUAACUCAUUUUUCCAAUAAAACAUUUUGUGUUCUGAAUGAUUACUUCAUUUUAAUAUGGAAAGAGAAAAGUAUUAUAGUAUUUCAACAAGUGCCAACCGGCUCUUUUUGCAUAAGCUCAUUUACAUUAAUUCUUGUUUUUAAGUUAACAAAGACAGUCAAAUUGCUUGAAUUGACAGGGAUUUAUUUCAACAAAACAUUUUUCAUGACCUUGUAAUGGAAACAUCCUAAAAUUAACAGUUUAUCCAAAAAUCUUUAGAUUUAGACAAAUUAUAUACUUUAUUCAGUGUACUAUAAAGGAGCAAUUUUCGUUACAUCAUCUUUUUUAAAUCGCUUUUCAACAAAUGUAGCCCAGAUAAUGUAACAAAAUUUGCUUGUUUAUAGUAAACUGAAAUCUAGCUAUUAAUAGUUCCAUAUAUGUACUCCAGUUUUGUUCUUGAGGUUAUCUUUAUUUUCAGAUAAAUUCCCCUUUUCAGAAAGGAGGCAUUUAAAAAAGGGGGCAUUUUUAUGCAUUUCAAAAUUAUCGAAGGGUGAAGAAGGGGGCAUUUAAUGGACAUUAUGUUAUGAACCUUUUCUUAUGUUAAUGAAUUAAAUUCAAUGGUAACAAAAGAUCAUUAGUCUUUGUGUUUAAAAAGAUUAUUUGGAUAAAUUCAGUAGAUAGUAAAGACAUAUUUCC